AUGUUGGGUCUUACUAUUGUCGAAAAUAUAUCAUAUGGCUGUUCAUCACAUACAUUUACUUAUGAAGAUAUCAUUAAUGCAGCUAGGCGAGCUCAUUGUCAUAAUUUUAUAGAAGCAUUACCAAUGGGCUAUGAUACACCUGUAGGAUUGAAUGGAACUUCAUUUUUAUCUGGAGAUCAAAAACAGCGUAUUGCUAUUGCACGAGCUCUUUUUCGUAAUCCAAAAUUUUUAUUACUUGAUGAAGCAACAAGUGCGUUGGAUGUACAUAAUGAAAAGCUUGUUGAAGAAUCGUUGAAUGUUGCACGGCAAGAUAAUCCAUCACGAACUGUUAUUAUUGUUGCACAUCGUCUUUCAACUAUUCAAUCAUGUGAUCUUAUUUGUGUUCUUGGUCCUAAUGGACGAUUAUUGGAAAGUAGUACACAUGCAGAAUUAAUGGCACAUGGCACUGCUUAUCGUAGAUUUGUACUUGAUCAUAUGUGA